AUGGUACACCUUAGUAUGAUUGCACUGGAGGUCAUGCAGACAGCUGAGGUACUAGGACGUUCUUAUAACAGUGCCAUGACAAUUUUGGGAUUCCUCACGAUUGAGAAUCCAAACACGUCAAUACUGUUUAGUCAAAGAUUCUGGAAUAUCCCUGCACUUCACAUAACAGUAUUAAACCUAAAUCCGAGCGUUGCAUUAGCGUUACAGACGAAAACCAGUAUUCUGCUAAGUGGAGUACCCCAGGCGGUUAGGUGCACCUCAUGUAAAGAAACCAUAAGCAUGUCAGUACUUUGCACGUAUGAGUAUUACAGAUAG